AUGGCUGUAGCAUCACCUGUCCUUCAAAUACUGAAUCAUCCAUACCCUCUGGAUCCAUCAGAGGGUCAGGUUAGCUAUAAACUAGACCUCUCCUUGCCUAUUAUUGCCUCUCGAUUUGGAUCUGCAAAUUUUGCUGAUAAGGUUCAGCUUGCUUAUUGCGAGCGUUAUACUUGCUGA